AUGUCACCGUCUUCAGAGGAAAUAAGAGAUUCUGAAGUUGUUGCUGUUGAGGAACGUGGCAAGUCUGAAACUGUUCACCAACUUGAUUUGUCUUCUGAAGCACUCGUCACAUCUACUUUGAAUAUUCGAGGGAAUAAAAUCAUCACGACUCUUCGACCACGUACAUCACCGUAUAAACGGAAUGUUGGAGACACUGAAUUAUCACGAGAAGAACUUCGAUCUCCUGAUUCGGUAGCUGCUACAUACACAAUUCGUGAAAAUCGAACUGAAAGACAAACAAAAGUCAAAUUGGAAAGUCUGGAAAGAAGGCUAAAAGCUAAUGAAAAAGCAAGGAAAGAGAUUGAAGCAGAAGCCGAAAAAUGGAAAGAUCGAGCCACGAAAAACUCGAAAAGGCUUCCGGAAUUGGAACUGGAACUGGCUGAAAACAUACAGGCGAAAGAGGAAUGGCAAGUGAAAAGUCAAGAAAUGGAGAUACAAAAUAGACAGUUGUUGGAAGAAUUGGCUGAAUUACAAGAAAAAUUAGAUCAAAUUGAGAAUUCUCAGAAAAAAUUUCAACAGAAAAUAGUCUCAGUGUUCAAUAUUGAUGAAGAGGAUGUUCCGAAAACUGAAGAUGAAUCAAAAAUUGGAAAUUUUGAGUUUUUGGAAAAAGAAAUGUUGAAAUAUCAGAUGAAAUGCUCAAAAUUGGAUCAAGAGAACACAGAACUGAGAGAAAAGUUGGAUAAAUUAUCGUCGUUCCUUACAAUGAAUCAAAAUCAUGUUAGUACUUUGAUGGAUCACUUGGAAACUAACAAAGAACAAAGCAGAGAAAUUCACGGAAUUUGCAAAAAAGAAAUAGAAAUUCGUCAAAAUCAUGAAAUCCGCAUAAACCAUGACGUGACUCUUCUGAAUUCAACAAUAAAUGAACAAAAAAUGGAAUUGGAGAUGCUGAAAGCUGAAAUUCGAUGUCUUCGUUCGUAUUCUCAGGAGAUGUCCACUUCAAAUAAAAACAAUAUAAUUCUUCUGAAAUCGGCUGAAACUGAACGAAAAAGUCUUCUUGAGACUCUUACAGUUUUAUUGAAUUCUGAUUCGGAACCAACUGAAAACAACAUAAAACGAACGAUCAGAGAUUUAGUUCGAGAGAAAAAUACAGAGCAAACGAAGCGAUUUGAAGCAGAAAAGGCAGCUUCAAGUGCUGAAGGAAUACUUUUGGAACAAGCAAAACAACAGAGAAAUGCUCUUUUUAGAGCAAGAGUCUCAGAGGAAGAAUGCACGAAAUCUGCUGAAAAAAUAGAAGAAUUAGAGCAAGAGUUGUUGGCAAGUGAUCUGGAGAGAAAGAACUUGGAACAUAAAAUUGCAUCUUGUGAAAAUUGUAUUUCAAAGGUGUCUCAAUUGUUGAAUGUGAAUGUCGGCGGAGUUUUUGACGCAAUUUUUGAUAGAAUCGAAGAGUUGAUUGCUCAGGAAUCAGUGUAUCGAGUCGUAGUUAAUGACAAUCGAUUCAUAUCUGAAAAUAUUCUUCGUAGUCUUCAAAGUGUGAAGAAAGAUAUUCAAGUGGGAAAAAGUAGUGGGAUUGGAGGUGGAGAAGGAAGAAAACAAGCAACAUCUCCGACUGUGGUGGCAGCUGCGGCUAAACUUAUUCAGGAACGACAUACACUCAAAACAAUUGAUAAAAUGGACAAAUUGAAUAAAGAUCUUCUCGCAACAAUGACAAUUGAGACACUGAGAGCUGCGGAUAUUGAGAAAACUAAUCUAAAGAAGCGAAUGAACGAACAAGAUGCACGAAUUCGUCAGUUGGAACGAGAAAAGAAAGAAGGCGAACGAAUUCGAUCGAUUAUUGCAAAAUGGGAAAAAAGAAAUAUUCCGAAAGCUGAAAAAUCUGCGUCUCCAAUGAAAAAAGCUCCUUCAGUUGAGAAUUUCCGAACGAAAUCUCAGACAUCAAUCACUGGAUUGACUCCAGUUUUAUAA